UCGCCAUUCUCCAGUUUCCCACGACAGUCUGUGGAUUGACUUAAAAUGGUAUAUACUGCAUCGUUCGCCUUUUUUGAGGCGCUAUGGGAGGCUGGGGUCACUCAUGUGUUUGUCAACCUGGGCUCUGACCAUCCCUCGAUCCUCGAAGCCAUGGUCAAAGGUCAAAAGGAAAAGCCAAAUGAGUUUCCAAAAAUCAUCACUUGUCCCAAUGAGAUGGUGGCACUAUCCAUGGCAGACGGCUAUGCUCGCUUGACGGGCAAGCCCCAGUGUGUCAUAGUCCAUGUCGACGUCGGCACCCAGGGCCUGGCCGCCGCUGUGCACAAUGCUUCCUGCGGUCGCGCGCCAGUCUUGAUCUUUGCCGGGUUGUCCCCUUUCACUAUCGAAGGGGAAAUGCGUGGUUCCCGCACGGAAUACAUACAUUGGAUCCAAGAUGUACCCGACCAGAAGCAGAUCGUUUCUCAGUACUGCCGGUACUCCGGGGAGAUCAAGACUGGCAAGAACGUCAAGCAAAUGGUCAACCGCGCCCUGCAGUUCGCUACCAGCGACCCCAAGGGACCGGUUUAUUUGUGCGGCGCUCGGGAAAUUAUGGAGGAGGAGCUUGUCCCCUACAAGGUUGACGCGAAUGUGUGGAGCCCUGUUGCGCCGUCUGCCCUGCCGUCGGAGGGCGUGGAAUUAAUCGCCUCCGAGCUCGCUGCCGCAAAGGAGCCUCUAGCCAUCGUUGGCUACUCCGGCCGAAAUGCACCAGGUGUUCAGGAGCUAGUCAACCUGGCUGAUACAUUCAAGGGCCUCCGUGUGCUGGACACCGGUGGUUGCGACAUGUGCUUCCCUGGCGACCACCCAGCCUCUCUGGGCAUGCGAUACGGGAACCACGAGGCCAUCAAAACGGCCGACUUCAUCCUCGUGGCGGACUGCGAUGUCCCUUGGAUCCCAACCCAGUGCAAGCCGUCUGACUCGGCAAAGAUCAUCCACGUUGAUGUCGAUCCGCUCAAGCAGCAGAUGCCCGUCUUUUACAUCAAUUCCUCGGCGACUUUCCGCGCCGAGUCCGCCACGGCCUUCAAGCAGCUCAACGAAUACGUUGCCUCCAACCCCUCUCUCCGCGAUCUUGCCACCUCCCCAGAGAACCUUGCCCGCGGCCGCCGCCGCGAAGAAGAAUACAGACAACGGCGCCAAGCCACCGCAAACCUCGCCGUCGUCCCCGCAGGCGGCGCCACCGCCCCGCUAAACGCAUCCUAUCUCAUGCAACAGGUCCGACAAGGCUGCCCAAUGGACACAAUCUGGGCCAUCGAAGCCGUGACCCUCAGCACACUCAUCGCAGACCAAAUCGCCGCAACCCACCCCAACUCCUGGAUCAACUGCGGCGGCGGCGGCCUGGGCUGGUCCGGCGGCGGCGCGCUGGGAAUCAAGCUCGCGACGGACAUCCAGCACGGCGGCACCAACAAGGGCAAAUUCGUCUGCCAGGUCGUCGGCGACGGCACCUUCCUCUUCUCCGUCCCGGGGUCCGUCUACUGGAUUGCCAAGCGGUACAAUAUCCCCGUGUUGACCAUCGUGCUGAACAAUAAGGGCUGGAACGCGCCCCGGCGCAGCAUGCUUCUCGUGCACCCCGAGGGAGACGGCUCUCGUGCCACCAACGAGGAUCUGAAUAUCUCGUUUGCGCCCUCGCCUGAUUAUGCGGGUAUCGCGAAGGCGGCGUCUGGUGGGACUGUGUGGGCUGGUCGGGCUGCUACUGUCGCUGAGCUGGGCAGGUUAUUGCCCGAGGCUGUUAGGAGCGUACAGAGUGGGACGGCUGCUGUUCUGGAGGCGCAGUUGGAUGGUACGGUGGGGAAGUAUGUGCAGAAGAGCAGCCUUUAGGUGGGAGUAUCCCUAUCUAGUCUUUGAGCGGACUCGAGCAUCCUGGGAGUUUGGGGAUAUGAUGCGGAUAUGUGACAUAUUGUACAGG